AUGUAUAAUCCUUACCAGCCUCCCGGUCUCUAUGGCAGGCCUCCAGACUUUGGCGCCUAUCCUGGUGCGCCCCCGGGCAUGGCUCCUCCUCCCGGUAUGGUAGCCCCCGGAACCACUCCGCCCCCUGGGAUGCAGUCAGCAAACGCCCAACAGCCUGGUCGACCGGCAGGCUUCCCUCCCAACUUCCAACCCCCUCCGAACAUGCCCAACAUCAACUUCUCCGCCCCCGUAAUUCGACUUGGUACGUCCGGACCGAAACCUGCCACUCCAGAUACGAGCAAGGAACGCGGUAGUGAGGCCCCGGGAAGACGGGCAGGUCUGGGUUCGACCAGUCUGGAAUCCCAGCGUCAGAACGUUCGAGAUGCGAUGAUGCAGCUGCAGCCCCCUACGCGCGAGGAAAUUGUGCGGACUCUCUUCGUUGGUGGAAUUACUGAGGGCGUUGGUGGCGAUGAGGGUGUGGAGAAGAUCCUCCGUUCGGCAGGCAAUCUCAGGCGCUGGAUCCGCGCUACGGAUGCGGACGAAAAGCCAUGCAAGUUCGGUUUCGCAGAGUACGAGGACCCCGAAAGUCUAGGUACCGCGGUGGAAGUGCUAAAGGACGUGCAAGUGCCUGUGAAGAGACAGACACCGUCCGAAGGCGAUGACAAGGAAGAGCGUGAGGUGGAGAAGAGCACACUACUGGUUGUCGUCGAUGAAAGCUCCUUGACUUAUCUGGAGCAGUACGAAGCCACCAGAGGCGAGCAAGACCCUGCUGAGCGCCAGUCGCGGUUAGAUGCUGCACGCAGUACUCUUGCGAACGUCCUGUCUGACUUGUGCCAUCCUACCUCCCCCACUCAAAAGGAAGAUGUCUCAGCAAUCGAUCGUGAGGGAGACACCGCCAUGAAGGAUUCAGAAGGCCAGGCCGACGGUACGGGGGCGGAGGUUGUUACCAUUCCCAUCACAGUCGAAGAUGAACUUUCCGAUAUUCCUCCCGAGAUGAGAGAGACCGUCGCCAAAGAGAUCGCCGCUUUCCGUGAGCGCAGCAACCGUCGGGAUAUUGAGCGUUUGAAGAGGGAGGAAGAGAUCGAGUCUAUGGAGAGAGCCCGCAAUGCAGGCACACGGUUCAACCGACUGGCAUCCCCUCCGCCUUCCGCCCCGAGUGGACCUGCUGCCGGUGCCAAUGGAGUCCCGCUGGGCCCUCGGGACCGCAGCGUGUCUACCGCGCCUUCUGGCCCCAAGGGCUUUGGCGUGCAGGUUCCUAAAGACUACCAAAAGGAUGCUAGCGAUGAGGAGCUGGAGCGUCGCCGUCAGGAGAAAAAGGAAGCGGAGCUCGAGAAGCAGUUCCUCGAUCAGGAACGACGCUGGCUGAACCGCGAACGCAGUCGAACUGCUGCUUUGGAGCGUGAAAAGAAGAGAGACAAGGAAGAGGAGGCCAAGAUGCAGGAAGUUCGUGAGGAAAUGGACAAGCGGUACAGAGACUGGAACGACGACAACGAGGCUGCGCGUAAGGUGGACGACUACUAUGCCGACCGCGGUGCAUGGCUACGUAGCCGGGCAGGAUUCCGAGCCCGCGAGGUCAGCAUGGACGAGGCAGACCGUGCGGCGGAAGAACGCGAACGGGCCCGGUCUGUCCAGCAACGGGAGCAGGCCCGUGGUAUGGCCGACGACUUCCUUGCGCGCCAGGCGGAAGAGCUGGAAACUCGGAACCAGGCCCCUCGGGAACCGCAGCGCUUCAAGCUCUCUCUCGGAGCUGCGGCUCAGAAGGCCCAGGCUGCUACAUCCCGUCGGACGGUGGCCGAGGUGGAAGGCCUGCUGGAGGACGAGGAAGAGCCUCAGGCCACGGCCCGACGACCCCUUAUCCCGAUCAAGUUCGACAGUGCCGCCGAAGCGGCCGGUCUCUCCGACGAGGAGCGGGCGCAAGCAGCCCGGCAACUGGCCGCGGAGAUCCCGACGGACAAGGAGGGACUCUGGGGCUGGGAGGUCAAGUGGGAGUUUGUGGACGAAACGGUGGUCAGCGAGCAACUCAAGCCGUUCGUCGAGAAGAAGAUUGUGGAGUACUUGGGAGUCCAGGAGCAGAUGCUUGUGGACGUGGUGGAAGAACAUGUUCGCAAGCAUGGUCAUCCCCAGGAGCUGGUGGAGCAGCUGGAGGAGGCGCUCGACGAAGAAGCCGAGGUGCUGGUCCGCAAGCUGUGGCGGAUGAUCAUUUUCUUCUCGGAGAGCGAGAAGCGAGGUCUUUCGGGAUAA